UGAUUCUCAGUCAUGUUUGAUUGUUGAGUUAGUUAGUCUCCGCUAUGCCCUUCGGUGGUAUAGUGGACAGUUUACGAAGAACAAGCCGCACAUGUGGAAGCGGCAUCGAAUAGAAGCAGUCGUGACGUGUUGUCCAGAAUUUCAAGUUUACGGCAAUCAGUUGUCGUGUUUCAUGUCUUAUUGUUGUUCAGUGAUCGUUGUGCGACCUGUGAUAUCUGAGGAUGCAGAAUCAAGAGUCGCAAUUGUCGCAUGUACCACCACCAAAAAUGCCAGCUUCAUCAAGUCGCAUUCUAUACGAUAUCCCUUGCAAGGUUUGUAGAGAUCACUCAUCGGGGAAGCAUUACGGUAUUUUUGCAUGCGACGGAUGCGCUGGUUUCUUCAAACGGUCGAUCAGGAGAAAUCGGCAAUACGUGUGUAAGGCGAAAUCCGAGGGGGGUUGCAUGGUAGAUAAAACUCAUCGUAAUCAAUGUCGUGCUUGCAGAUUAGCGAAAUGUAUUCAAGCCGGUAUGAACAAGGAUGCUGUGCAACAUGAACGGGGCCCGCGGAAUUCGACAAUUCGCAGGCAAAUGGCUUUAUACUACAAGGAACCCGAAAUAAUAGCUAACAUGGCGCCGCCGACGGUAACAGCUUUGGAUUUAGCUUUACCAAAACCGUCGGCCGAGUCUCGUGUUUCUGUAGCCGCACCGCCGACCCAUCCUCCCUUACCGCAUCCUAUUUACUGUAAUGCUUUGGCGAUGUCGAAAUUUCCGAUAAACAUGGCGAAUUUCUCGACGAUAUCGCUGAUGCCUCCGAUCACCUCGGAGUCGAUCUGCGAGCAAGCAGCACGGAUACUCUUCUUCAACGUACACUGGACGCGGGAUUUGGUGACGGGCACGAAUCUCACUCUGGAAGACCAGCUGACGCUCUUAGAGUCCUCUUGGCGCGAACUUUUCUUGCUGGCCGCCGCGCAGUUAAUGCCGACCCUUGACCCCACGCCGUUACUACCGCCGACUCCUCACGGCAUCGAGCUGGCGGUCGAAGUGAAUCGGUUUCGCGAGACCUUGGCCGGCUUUCACGGGAUGAACCUGGACUUUCAGGAAUUCAGCUACAUCAGAGCGAUAGUGCACUUCAAAGCGGGCUUGGACUGCGAGCCGGUGUCUGGCAGCCGCAACAGUAGCGGCACCAGCUCGCCGAGCGUCGCGAAUCGACUCAGAAAUCCAACUGCGGUAGCACGAUUGAGGGACAGUGCCCAGUUGGCAUUGGGACAACGGCUGAGUGGCGCUUCUUACGGCGCCCUCAGAUUCGGUAAGAAUAAAGACAGAAGGAGAGAGGAAAGGAAGGAAAGGGGGAAAAGAGAGAGAGGGAGAUUCAAGGCCUGACAUGUAAUGCCAUCAAGAAUUAGAAAAAUAGUAAGUUAUAGUAACGAAGAACAAUAUCAAAGGCAAUAUAAAAUUAGAAAGAUUUUCCGAUUUGCAUACCCCAUUCUUUCUAGAAUAAUGUCUCACAAGAAGAAAGAUGUUGUCAUUAUUCGAUAAAUUUACUAUGUAGUUAUUAUUUAUUACUUGUUGAUAAAUUAUUUUACUUAUUAUAAUAUUGUGAAUACGAUUAUGAUAGUAAUAAUUAUAAUAAUUACGUUGAUUAUAUUGACUGUCUCCUAGUAACGGUAAAUAUCGACUAGCACAGGAGGUGGAAUAAUAUUGCGAGCAGCAAGCGGCACCAGUGUCAUAGGCAUGAUGCUGGUUCACAGAUAUAUUCGUCGUUGCUAGGAGAUAAGGAAACAAGCCAAAUAUGCCUCUUUGGAUGACCAAGCAGAACUUGUCCCCCGCAUCGCGCGUGCACCAAUUGUUUUUAAUUUAUAACUGAAUAAUUGAGACUUCAUUUACAAAAUGAUGUAAAACUUUUUUGUUCAGUUUGAUGCACCCCAUCUGCAUAGAGCCGAUGUUGUAUUUAAAUUUAAACGCCCUAUAUGUUAUUAAAACAAAAAGGUAUAUUAUAUUUUUACUACAUUUUCUCAUAAAACCUCUUUUCCUCAAUAUCUCCUCUUUUGUUAAUUUCAAAAGUGAUGAGAUGUGCAAAUACUUUUUUUAUCUACUGUAUAUAUAAGCAUGUACAUAUAAAUGUAAAAAGGAAUACGUAGUUUCGUUAUAUAAUUGUCUUAUUCGAAUGGACUAAUAAUACAUUCAACUAGCUGAUAGAUAAAGUAAUACCUGGUGCACAAUAAAGCACGUGUGUUAGGGUAAAUCAGAAAUAUAAAAUAUGAGCAUAAAAAUAAAGUAAAAAAAAAUUGUCGUGUGUAUACAUUUGGCACAUAUUAUCGGACAUGAAAGUCCCAUACUUUGUGUUUUCGAUACAAUCCUAACAUGCGCGUGUAUAUGCAUAUAAAAAUAAAGCUUUAAAAAAUAAAGCUUUAAAAAAUAUAUAAAUAUAACAAUAUGCAUGUUAAACGUCUCUUUUAUUCAUUCAAUAAUAACCUGACAUAUAUAUAAGUUCUUUAAGGAA